AUGAGUACACUCAGCGUGAAUAUCUCAGAUAGGAUAGCUACAAUUACCCUCAACCGUCCCAAAUCGUACAAUGCAAUUACGGUCGAAGAUUACGAUGCCUUUGCGAAUGCCCUAAGAGAGAUUGACAGAAGAGAUGAUGUUCUGGUAACGGUCUGGCAAGCGACUGGCAAGUGGUUUUGCGCCGGUACAGAUGUUAUGGGCCGUUCCUUGCCGAAUGUAGGACCACAGACUGCUUUGUCGCCUACGAGCUCGAAUAAUACUCUGCGAGAAAUGUUUCUGAAGAGAAUUUCUUAUACGACAACGGACUGUGGUCAAGCUUUAUACUCUCACAGCAAGGUUCUGGUCGCUGCCCUCAACGGUCCUGUCAUGGCAUUUCUGGGAUACUUUGACUUCAUCUUCUCGGUACCGGACUCUUGGUUGUCUGUACCAUUCACCUUUCUAGGCAUAAUUUCUGAAGGUGGUUCAAGCGUGAGCUUCAUCAACCGAAUGGGUCCUGCUAGAGCCAAUGAAGUCUUAAUAUGGGGAAAGAAAAAGACCGCUCAAGAGUUGGUCGCAUGUAAUUUCAUAAACGAGAUUUUUCCAUCUAAGUCAACAGAGGAAUUUCAUGCUGAUGUACGCGCUCACUUGCAACAGCAACUUGAAGGCUUAGAUCCCGCUGCUGUACUAGCAGUAAAGAAGCUGCUUCGCGCUGGUUUGAAUGAGAAGAAUGACCCAAACGCCGUUAACCUCAGAGAAAGCUAUGCACAAGCCGAAAGAUUUGCAAGUGGGGUACCCGAACAACGGUUUGGCCAAAUAGCUAGGAAAGAAAUCCGGCACAAACUGUAA